AUGCAGUUAAAAUUUCGUGUCAAAAAUUUUUUUUUCGGGCACAAAAUGCUUCAUAUUCAUCUUAUUUUCCUACUUCUCACAUUAUCACCAUCCUUAUCAAUUGUAAUCGACUGCACUUAUGAUUACUAUGACUGGCGAACGGAAGCAAGCGAAAUAUUAACCCCAAUUGUGACAGAUUAUUCAUGCAUAGCUGAUGUUAAAGGAAUCAUAGUCUAUAAAGUGGUUACUGAGCUUUAUGGAGUUCAUGCUUUUGAGAAGGAGAACAAGGAUGUUAAAAUUGUCCAAAUUUCGAAUCAAAAUCUUCUUAAAAUGCCGAGAGAAUUGGAACUCUUUUUUCCAAAUAUUGAAGGAUUUUUCAUAAAUUUCUGCAAUUUGUCGUCGAUUAACAAAGAAGAUCUACAGCCUUAUAAAAAGCUGAAAUACUUUAGUGUGAGAAACAAUUUAUUUACAAGAAUUGAAGGAAACUUAUUCCAGUUUAGUCCAAAAUUACAAUUUGUAAGCUUUGGAUACAAUAAGAUUGGUGAAAUAGGAAAUUUCUUGUUAGAUAAAUUGAAUUAUCUUCAAAUAGCUUCAUUUAUUAAAAACAAAUGUAUCGAUAGAAUUGCAAUUAAUGAUACGAGUGCAAUCGGACAAAUUAAAAAGAAUUUUGUUGAAAAAUGUAAUCUGAAGUGA